AGUCAGGGUACGCCGGAGUUAAUAUCAUCGCGACGGCGGUUAUGGGCGCCGGAAUGAAUCCCUUCAUCCACAUAGCUUACCAGCAACUCUUCGCCACCCUUCUCAUCUCUCCUUUUGCUUUUUUCUUUGAAAGGAAAACGAGGCCAAAAAUGACACUAAAGAUAUUUUUCCAGAUAUUUUUGUCGUCCUUCUUUGGCCUCACGGGGGAUCAAACGGCAUACUUUGUAGGGCUAAAGCACUCCACUCCAACCAUUGCCACUGCUUUGGCCAACCUCAUCCCAGCCAUCACUUUUAUUAUGGCUGUCCUCUUCAGACUUGAGAGUGUGGGAGCAAGAACGAAGGGCGGGAAGGCGAAGAUAUUAGGGACUGUGAUAUGCAUUGGGGGUGCCAUGGUGCUGACGGUGUACAAGGGAGGAGUGGUGAUACGGCAGUCAAGCUUUAAAUGGAAAUAUGCCCAAAAUACUGUGGAAAAAAGCCAUAACAGUAAUUCAUAUUUGGGACCUCUCUUGGUCCUCCUUAGCAUUUGCUCUUACACGGCCUUCCUAAUUACCCAAACAAAAUUGGGGAAGCAAUAUGAAGCUCCAUACUCCAGCACAGCUUUGGCAUGUCUCCUUGCAAGUAUUGAGUGUGUAACAAUUGCCAUAGCCAUUGAUCACAACAUUUCUGAUUGGGCUUUGACACCCAUGAGAGCUGUCUCCACCGUUUACAAUGGGAUAAUGUAUUCGGCAGUAGCAAUAUUCCUGACAUCAUGGUGUGUGGAGAAGAAAGGGCCUUUAUAUGUCGCCGUCUUCAACCCUUUGUUGCUCGUCCUUACUGCCAUUCUCAGCUGGGCUUUUCUUCAAGAAAAAAUCUUUACCGGCACGGUGGUGGGGUCAAUACUAAUUGUGGUGGGGCUUUACGUUGUUUUGUGGGGCAAGAAGAAUGAGUUGGGAGUGAUUAAAGUAGAAGAUGAUGAUAACAAAUUGAAGGAAGCAGACAAAAGAGAGACUGACGAGUGCUAAUAAUUACUCCGUAUUGAAUUGCUUCUAUUUUUAGGCACUUGGAUUAUUUGCUGGCUUUGCCCAUGCAUAUAUAUAUGCAUGCAAGUUUUAUGUGGAUGGUCAUCAAUCCAACAAGCUAAGAUAUGUCAAAUUAUAAUUGGCAAAAAAAAUAUACUAGGAACUUGCAACAAGUACUCCACGGAUGAUAAUUAGAAAUGAUUUGUAAAUUAUACAUAGACAGACGAUAAUUGACUGUUAAUACAGAUUAUUAUCGCCCGUAUAUACAUAAAAUAAAUGUAAUAAUUGUGAUUCAUGGGGGAGCUAGACUAAAAUGCCCUUUCAAUGCCCCAAUCCAAAAUACAGACCUACAAUUACCACUGCACCAAACAGAACUGAUACCCACCGCCAGCCCCGCUGUCUGUCGCCACCACCACGGCUCAGCUCCGUCACCGCCAGUUCUUCCACGCCGACAGCCGCCAGCAUCUCCUCCAAUCGCCACUACCAUCAGGUCGAGAACGCUCAUAAAUCUAAUUGGGCACGGAUUUAAUUGGAAAACAGAGAAAAUCAAAAGAAGAAAAAGAACAAGGGGGA